UAUUCAAAAGUCAAAUCUCAAUCUCAAGUAAUCUGACGUCUGCUAUCACAAGCUCUAGAAGUUACGAAUUUCAAGUUUAAUUUUGUCGGAACGUUUGAUCAAAGCCAAUAUUCAUUUAAUUAAUUUUACACCUCUCAUUUCUUUCAAGUGUUGUGAUUUAAAUAUUUUAUUGCACGAUUCAGUAAAGUAUAAGGAUUCCUAACCUACAAAAAAGUUUUGCAUCUAUUGUUUUUCUAUUUUGUUGGUUUUUGCUGUGGUCAGGAAUGGGAGGACAAUUCUUGUAUUAAAAAUUCUGAUUCCUAGUUUCUUUUUUACUUGAUACUUUUGAAGCGCUAUCGUAUCUUUUUGCAAAGCUAUAUAAUUACGUAUUUUAAGUUUAAUCUUGUACAAUGAGCCUUAAAUUCAAGUUUGCAAUUGAUAGAGGAGGAACUUUUACUGAUGUAUUUGCUAAAUGCCCUGAUGGCAAAACCAGGCAGCUAAAAUUAUUGUCAGUUGAUCCAAGCAAUUAUCCUGAUGCUCCCCGAGAAGGCAUUCGACGUAUUCUGCAAGAGGAAACAGGAAUCGAUAUGCCCCCUUCAGAGAAAAUAGAUGGCGACUUCAUAGAGUGGAUCAGAAUGGGCACCACAGUUGCAACUAAUGCUCUCCUGGAGCGGAAGGGUGAAGACAUGGCUCUAUUGAUCAACAAAGGCUUCAAAGACCUUCUAUUCAUUGGAAAUCAGGCUCGUCCGAAAAUAUUUGAUCUAGAAAUAAAUACACCAGAAGUUCUUUACAAGAAAGUGGUGGAGGUGGACUGUCGCGUGGUUCCCGAUCAAAGUCGUUGUGGAAUGAAUCAUAAUUGGCCUGCCACCAAUGGAAUAACCGGUGAAAAACUUUUCCAAAUGAAAUCCUUAGAUAAGGAUAAACUAUACAGCGACCUUGUGCAGUUGAAGGAAGAGGGAAUUAAGAGCAUUGCUGUCGUGCUUAUGCAUUCUUACAUGCACAUAGAUGAUGAGUUGGCUGUGGGUGAAAUUGCAAAAUCGGUUGGAUUCGAUCACAUCUCGUUGUCACAUCAAGUGAUGCCAAUGUCAAGAAUUGUUGCUAGAGGGUUCACAGCAUGUGCAGAUGCUUACUUGACCCCUCAUAUAAAAAAAUAUGUCAGGAGUUUUGCGUCGGGAUUCAAAAACAACCUGGACGGUGUGAAUGUGUUAUUCAUGCAAAGUGAUGGUGGACUCACACCGAUGGAAGUUUUUAAUGGAUCGAGGGCUAUAUUGUCCGGUCCUGCGGGAGGAGUAGUAGGUUACGCAAUGACUACUCCCGGAAAUCAGCCAGUGAUUGGUUUUGAUAUGGGUGGCACUUCGACAGAUGUUAGUCGUUAUUCUGGAACUUACGAGCAUGUGUUCGAGUCCACCAUUGCAGGAGUCACUAUUCAAGCACCGCAGUUGGACGUGAACACAGUGGCGGCAGGCGGUGGGUCUUGCUUGUUCUUCCGUUCGGGCCUGUUCGUGGUGGGACCGGAGAGCGCCGGCGCCCACCCUGGCCCCACCUGCUACCGCAAGGGAGGCCCACUCACCGUCACCGACGCCAACCUCUGUCUCGGUCGCCUGCUGCCUGAGCUCUUCCCGAACAUAUUCGGGCCCGACGAGAAACAGCCGCUCGACAAGGAGGCUACAGUACACGCUUUCAAUGAACUCACCAAAGAGAUAAACGAGUAUUUGAGGACACAAAGUCAUGACCAUGAAGAAUUGCCUGUAGAGGAGAUUGCAAUUGGUUUCAUUCGUGUAGCAAAUGAAGCGAUGUGUCGACCUAUUCGUGCUCUCACCCAGGCAAAAGGCUACGACACUAGAGACCAUGUGCUGGCAUGCUUUGGAGGAGCGGGAGCUCAGCACGCAUGCGCAGUAGCCAGAUCACUGGGCAUGUCACGUGUUGUGGUGCACAAGUAUGCCGGCAUUCUGUCUGCAUAUGGAAUGGCAUUGGCUGAUGUUGUUGAGGAACUUCAGGAGCCAUGCGCCAAACCUUACAACCAAGAGAACUUCAAAUAUGUUGAUGAGAGACUUUUGGCGCUAUCCAUUCAAAGCAGAAAAAAGCUGAUCAGCCAGGGCUUCAGAGAUGAUCAGAUAAUCUGUGAGCCCUACCUGCAUCUGCGUUAUGAAGGUACGGAUUGUGCUCUUAUGGUAUCACCCUCAAAAAGUAAUAAAAACAUUAAUGAAGGACCAGAUCAUGGUGACUUCGAAUCAGCUUUCCUUCAGAAGUACCAAUUAGAAUUCGGCUUCACAAUACCAAAUCGAGAAAUCAUUAUCGAUGACAUUAGAAUUCGUUCAGUUGGUAAAUCACACCUGGAGAGUGAUUCUUACAUUGAAGAUGCUACUGGACUUCCUAUUGUUGAUAAGAUGACUGAAGUCUACUUCGAAGACGCAGGAUUCUGUCCAACAAAAGUCUACUUGUUCUCCAAUCUGCAAGCGAACCACUCGAUCGAAGGACCAGCCAUAAUAAUAGACAAUCUGUGCACUAUUCUCGUGGAACCAGACUGUACCGCUGUGAUCACCAAGAGCGGAGACAUCCAGAUCGACAUCGGAUCUGGCAAAAGGAAGAAAAUUGGAACAGAACUGGAUUCGGUUCAACUCAGCAUAUUUUCGCACAGAUUCAUGAGCAUUGCUGAACAAAUGGGCAGGAUUCUGCAGAGAACCUCAAUCUCCACUAAUAUCAAAGAGCGAUUGGAUUUUUCGUGUGCCUUAUUUGGUCCUGACGGUGGUCUGGUGUCCAACGCCCCUCACAUUCCCGUUCAUCUGGGUGCUAUGCAAGAAACAGUCCAAUAUCAGAUGACUGUCCUUGGAAACACGAUUGAAGAAGGCGAUGUUAUUCUUUCAAAUCAUCCGAAGGCUGGAGGGUCGCAUUUGCCCGAUUUGACUGUCAUCACUCCAGUGUUUUACAAAUCAGAGAAGAGACCAGUAUUCUUCGUUGCUAGCCGAGGUCAUCAUGCAGAUAUCGGUGGAAUUACUCCCGGCUCAAUGCCACCUCACUCCAAAUCGCUCCACGAGGAGGGCGCUGCUUUCAAGAGUUUCUUCCUUGUCAAGAAAGGUGUUUUCCAAGAGGAGAAAUUGACGGAAGCUUUCAUGGCACCUGGAAAAAUUCCCGGCUCUUCAGGCUCUCGGAAUUUGAGAGAUAAUAUUGCGGACCUCAAAGCACAAAUUGCAGCUAAUCAAAAGGGAAUAAAUUUGGUGCGUGAACUGAUUGACUACUACGGACUAGAUGUUGUUCAAGCUUACAUGUGCCAUAUUCAAUCCAAUGCUGAGCUUGCAGUGCGCGACAUGCUGAGAGAUAUUGGCAGAAGAACUUUUGAAAAAACUGGAAAAAGUGUGCUUCAUGCGUCUGAUUUCUUGGAUGAUGGAUCCAAAAUAAAUCUCACCGUUCAUAUAAACACGGAAGAAGGAUCUGCUGUUUGUGAUUUCACGGGCACAGGAUUUGAACUUUGGGGGAAUUGCAAUGCACCCAGAGCCAUCACACUGUCAGCUCUCAUCUAUUGCCUCAGAUGUAUGGUGGGCCAUGACGUACCUCUCAAUCAGGGUUGUCUGACACCAGUAAAGGUAGUAAUCCCUCCGGGCUCGCUUCUGGACCCCUCGGACGACGCCGGUGUGGUGGGGGGAAACGUGCAGACUUCUCAGCGAAUCGUCGACGUCGUUUUCAGGGCGUUCAACGCGUGCGCCGCGUCGCAGGGCUGCAUGAACAACAUCACCUUCGGCCAAGAACAAGAUGGCUGGGGAUACUACGAAACUGUUGCUGGGGGAGCUGGAGCUGGCCCCACAUGGAGUGGAAGAAGUGGUAUACAUACACAUAUGACAAAUACUCGAAUCACUGAUCCUGAAGUGUUGGAAAGAAGAUAUCCUGUCAUUUUGAAAAGAUUUAGUCUGAGAAAUGGUUCAGGUGGUAGAGGAUAUUUCAAUGGGGGCGACGGAAUCAUCAGAGAACUGCUAUUUAGAGCCAACAUAACUUUGUCUGUUCUCACUGAAAGGAGGGUCUUUGCACCUUAUGGUUUGAAAGGGGGUUCGCCUGGUGCAAAAGGUCUGAAUCUCCUUUUCAAAGCCGACGGUCGAAUUGUGAAUUUGGGAUCUAAAACAGCCGUUGAUGUUGGACCAGGGGAUGUAUUUCAAUUGAACACGCCAGGAGGCGGUGGAUGGGGCAGCGAAGCAGACCGGGUAUUUGAAGACGAAGCAGACAUGGUAUCUUCACAAGAGAAGCAAAGCUCUCCUGCCAAAUUUACAGAGAGGGGAAGUGUCUUUGAAUAUAGACAAGCUCAAGAAUCUGUAUGAACGACAACAUUUCGAAAACUCACAAAAAUAUUAGAGUAUCCUGUAACUUGAUCACUAUAUACCAGCAUUACCAAACUGUUUAACUCUACUAUAUUUUUGAAUUUAAGAGAAUACCGUUUAUUUUUAUAGGAUAUAUUAGUGAAGCAAUAAAGUUCAAUAACCAAUUAAAUAUUAAAAA